CUGCAAUUAUUAUUUUGGCUACCUUUUGGUCUCUUAGAACUGCAUAGCUGAUAAUAGCAGGAUGACCCAUGAAGCUCUUGGGUGAAGUGUUUAUUGUGGCCCUCUAUGCCAUAGGACUAUUUUCUUCAAUAACAAAGGCUGGAUUUGCAUGUCUCAGCAACCCAUGUAUUCAUGGAAUCUGCAUAGAUGACCUUAAUAGUUCUUAUACAUGCUAUUGUAUUGAUGGCUAUACUGGCAUACAGUGCCAAACAAAUUGGGAUGAGUGUUGGUCAAACCCUUGCAUGAAUGGAGGAACAUGCAUUGAUGGUGUUGCAUCAUACAACUGCACUUGUCCAGAUGGGUACAUGGGUGAACAGUGUGAAGAAAAUUUUGAUGAGUGUGAGUCAAAUCCUUGUCUGAACAAUGGUACAUGUGUAGAUGAAGUCAAUGGCUAUGUAUGUCAGUGUCUACCAGGCUACUCAGGAGUAAUGUGUGAAAUUGAUGAAGAGGUCUGCAAUACCACAGCAGAAACAAAUUGCUACAAUGGAGGAAUCUGUAUUGAGGGACCUGGAAUAUCAUUCAGUUGUAUUUGCUCUCCAGGAUGGUCAGGUACAUUCUGUGAACUGCCUGUUGAUGAAUGUGCUUCUACACCUUGCCAGAAUGGGGCAGUAUGUGUCGAUCUGAAAGCAGAUUAUGCUUGUGCCUGUUUGUUUGGCUUUACUGGGAAAAACUGUGAAGUAAAACUUGUGCGAUGUGAAGAUAAUCCAUGUGAAAAUGAUGCACUAUGUCUUAUUGAGAGUGGGGGAGCUGUGUGUUAUUGUGUUCCUGAUUUUCAUGGAAACAAGUGUCAGUAUCAGUAUGAUGAGUGCCAACUUGGACCAAGGUGCCUGAAUGGUGGUACGUGCCUAGAUGGUAUUGAUAAUUUCACUUGCUCUUGUCCACCCAAUCUUACUGGAAGAAUCUGUGAGUGCCUUAUAAUUUCACCUGGGCAUUUGAAUUGCUCAUUCAUAUUGCCAUCAACAAGUGAAUUUCCUACACAAACUACAACUGUGGCUUCAACUGAAUAUUUGACUUCAGCAUUUUCUUCUGACAGAACUGUACCUAAAUCUACCACACUUGCUGAAGGAAAGGUUUCUCACACUACAGCUCCAACAUUCACAGAGACAGUAUUACCUUCCUCAUCUACUUUUUCAUUUAUGGCAGGCACUAGUUCAACUCAUCCACCUUCUGAACCAAUAUCUUCAUAUUUUACAUCAUCAAGUGAAACAGUGGUGCCAGAUACUGAACUGAGUACAACUACUGCAAAACAAAUGUUUACAGAUGUUACAGUGUACCAAGAGAAGUCUUCCAGAACUACACCACAGACUGAAAGUUCAACAUUGACAAGUACUGAAAUGUUAGGAACAAAUAUUACAACUGAGAAAUUAAAACCAGUAAGUGUUCAGACAUUGACUGUACCUUCAUAUACUGAAAUGGUUAGUGAAAUAACAACACUGCCUUCAGUUGAAGAGAAGUCAACUUUAAUACCACCAGAUUAUUAUACAACGGGACCAUUUACAACAGAAAAAGUAACACUGCCACCUCCUUCAGGAGAAACAGAUGAAACAAAGAGCAUAUCUCUCACUUCUGUAGGUGUAGAAACAUUCAGUGAUGGUAUAUUUACAGUACUGCAAACUGUGAAGACUACUGCUCCAACUUCAGAUAUAAGUGCCUUAGAUACAACAGAAUUGGAAUAUACCACUGCCACUCAAGUUAUUCCAUCUGCUGAGACAGAAGUGUACACAUCAACUGCAAAAAUACCAGACUGCUCCGUUACUCCUUGUCUCCAUGGAGGAACUUGUACAUAUUUUGAAGGUGGGAGUCAGUGCAAAUGUAAGUCUGAAUGGACUGGGCCUCUAUGUGAUGUGUACACAGGAAAUGAUACAGUUGCAUUCAGAGAGCAUUCAUUCGUUACACACCACCUUAUUGAAAAAACAGGUGCCAAAAUUGAAGUCCAGGCACGAACACUAGUGCUGAGUGGUAUUCUGCUGCAUGCUCAACUUACAUCAAAUGUUUAUAUGGCUGUUUACAUUGAAGAUGGAUUACUCAAUUUCCAGUUCUCUUGUGGAGUUCAAACCAUGCUUUUCACAGAAGUCCGAAGUCUGGUUAACAAUGGAUAUGAUUUAAAAGUGCAAGCAAUGUGAGUAAAAAUUAGUUCAGAGACGUCUCACUGCAAUGCAUACUUACGAAUUAAUGAUUCACUUGCCAUGAGUGGAGAACAGAUAGCUGCAACUUCUCAGAUUGGCAGAACAGUGAAUGUAUUGUACUUAGGAGGAUUCCCUGCAGAAUUUUCUGAUCUCAGUGAAGUUCAGAUGAAAACUGGAUUCAUCGGUUGCAUGCAUGGCCUUAUGGUUGAUAAUAUGCCACGUCAUAUUUUACAUGACUCAUUGAGUGCUUCAGGCAUUUCUGAAUGUGCAUCACUUGCAUGUUUGUCAAAUCCUUGUUAUGAUGGUGGAACAUGUGUAGAACAUAAUGAUGAGUGGAACUGUUUAUGUCCUUCAGGGUAUGUUGGGAAAGCUUGUGAGAAAUCAGUCUGUGAAGUAAAUCCUUGUCAGUUUGGUGCAACAUGUGUUAUUUUCCCUGGUAGUGGCUUCCUUUGUCUUUGCCCUCUGGGAAAACAUGGAAUUUUCUGUGAGCAUGACUUAGACAUUGGUCAGCCUUCUUUCUCUCCGUCAGUUUCUGGAUUUUCAUCAUACACUGCAUACCCUUUACCAGGAACUAUUCACCACAAUAUGGAACUAAGAUUCCGUUUCAAACCAUCAAGCAUGGAACAGAUAGCACUAAUGAUUUUUGUUGGGCAAGAUGGUUCUCAUGAUGCUCAAUCUGAUCAUCUUUCUGUGAGCUUCAUAAAAGGUUAUGUUGUUCUUACUUGGAAUCUUGGAUCAGGACCACGGAGAAUCUUCACACCACGUCCUGUCACUCAGCGAGCAAAAAGACCACAUUUUGUGAGUCUGGGCAGAUCAGGAAAGCAUGCUUGGCUUCGUGUUGAUAACCUGAAGAAUGUUACCGGAACAUCUCCUGGUCAUAUGACUCAGCUAAAUACACAUUCUCCAUUAUACAUUGGUGGCCAUGAAUCAGCAAAUUUUUCAUUGCUACCUCAUGAUCUACCAUUGCACAGUGGCUUCUCAGGUUGUCUUUUUGAUGUGGAGUUGAGGACAGGCAGAAUUUCAGUUCCACUUCAGAAGACAAGGACUGCCACUGGUAGAAGUGUUGGUCAGUGUGGAACCACAGAAUGUCAUGAACAUGCCUGUCAGAAUGGAGGUGCAUGCCUGCAUCAUGGUGCAUCUUUUGUGUGUCUUUGUGCAGAUGGGUGGUUUGGACCAGUAUGCGCACAACAGUACAAUCCCUGUGAUUCAUCACAACACAAAUGCAGCUCUGGUGCAACAUGUGUACCACUCAUUAAUGGAUAUGAGUGUGAUUGCCCUUUUGGAAAAGUGGGCACUUACUGUGAAAGAAAUGAAACACCAUCCGAUGUUCACUUCUCUGGAAGGCGGUCUUUUAUAUCUCUGCCUAUCAAAAAUCUACAUGAAAAUGAAAUAUGUAUUGAACUAGAAAUUCGACCACUGGCUGACAGAGGGCUCCUAUUGUUCAUAGGGCAGCCAGAUACAAACAGUUUCAUGUCACUUUCACUUCAGGGCGGAGUGCUUGAACUUCGAAUUCUCCCCGUAGGUGGUCAGUCAAGAAAACGCAGUGAAACUAUUGUUAUACGAAGUGGAAGAGUCCUAGCCCCAAGAGAAUGGCAUCAAGUUCUUGCUUGGAGAUAUGGUCGAAAGCUUUAUCUAAGAGUUGAUGGUAGUCUAAGCACUGGGACAAUGCAUGCUGGAGAAAGACUCCCAGCUCUUGGAAAGAUUCUAUAUUUAGGAGGUACUGGAGAUCUGUCAAACUUGCCAAAUGCUGCAAUGGCUACACUACCAGAACCAUUUACAGGCUGCAUAAGGAGAGUUUAUUUAAACUGGGAGAAAAUCCCAUUGGAUGAAAAGAAUAUGAUUGCAGCACGUAAUGUAGCUGACUGUGAUGGAACACCAUGUGGUGGUGAUGUUUGUGAACACGGUGGGACUUGCUGGUUAGAUCCGUACUCUCAACCUCGUUGCAGCUGCAAGAAGUUCUAUACAGGAGCAUUUUGUGAAAGUCAAUUAACAUGUACAGAAAGCAGCUGUCAAAACAAUGGACGAUGCAUGAACAGAACUUCAGCAAUUGCAGAAUGUUCCUGUCCCCUUGGCUGGGGAGGAGCAACAUGUGAAGAAGCUGUAAUGACCAUAUCGCCUCAUUUUGGAGGGAACGGCUACCUUGUUGUUGAAGGAAGUGGGAAAAGUGCAAAACAGAAUGAACUCAGCGUGCAAACCAAAAUGGAAAUUGGUUACUUAUACAUAAAUUUUUCCACUAUUGAGACAAAGGGAAUGAUUCUAUGGAGCUCAAUGGGACAAGAGUAUUUGGGUAUUGGCAUAGAAGAAGGACUGUUAAAGUUUGCAUGGGGACAUCCCACUACAAACCGUACACUGUUACUGGUCUCUGGUGGUGUAGCUGCUGAUGGCACCUGGCAUACUUUGGAGAUCGACCUUAGUCCAAGGAACAUCACUGUAUGGUUUGACAGUCAGCUUAUUCAUUCUGAAACAGAAGAAGGUGAAGGCAGCAAAAAAUUUCUAAUCACAGAUGGAAUAUUCUAUCUGGGUGGAUUUCCUGGAGAAGAAUCUGUAACAGAAUUAUCAAAUGGAUUAUUUUCAUCACAUUUCAUAGGAUGUAUCAAAGAACUAGCAUGGAAUAAAAAUACCAGUGUCACUGAUUUCUCAGAUUACCAGGGAGAAAAUGUUGGGAGCUGUGCUUCAAUACAAACAUAA